AUGACACCAACGGCUAUCACAACAUUAACGACUAUCACGACAUCAACGGCUAUCACUCCAGAAUCCAUCUUGCCCGCUCUUCUUUGCCGUCUGGCCCCUUCUGGCUCUACUACUCGCCUGAAUCACCUCUCUCGAGAUGUCCACAACGAUUCUCAAAAAACACCUAAGCGAAUCGCCUCCCUCCUAGAUGCAAUUGCCUCAAUCAGUGUGGAAAAUCCUAAGGGCGAUGUUGUCGCUGUUGCUCUUGACAGCGGUGAGGACUCGUCGAUCUUUGUCGCUUCGAACACUGGCGUGUCGACACGGCUUGUUGCCCAUCUUACAGCUGUGGGGGCCUUGCUUUGCAAGAUCAGCAAGGCAGUCCCAGCCGAUAAGCAAUCGCCUACCCAGGUCGACAGGAUUUUUUACGACGACAACAUCAUCGAACUCGAAAAACAACUCACCAUCCAGGUCUACCGAUUUUCUUGGCGCAAGUUGCAUGCUCGUUUUUCGAAGCGGGCGGACAUGUUCAUUGAUAGCCUCACCUUUGUCAAGCAGUGGUACUCCGAUAAACCAAAGAUGGUGGAGGUACACAAGCGCUGCAGCAAUCUUCUUCGGAUUUUCAAAGACCUUUGCAAGCGCAUCGUUCCUUCCUGCCCAGGCAACGCAGAACUUCUUCACAUCCACGAGAUAUUUAUUACCAUGACAAAGAGUUUGGGCCCUCAUCUGAGCGCCGGAUAUUCCGACUUGGACACUAUUCAGGGGUGCAUCGACGAUCAUGGAGAGCUCGACGCCUUCAUUCCUGUACGACGCUACCUCGAAAAGGUCCUCUCGCUCUCGCGUUCUGGAUAUGCAUUAUUUCUGGCGGCUCAUUCUCGAAAGCUCAAGCCAUUCCUCUCGAAGCCUCUCAAGAUCGUUUCUAUACCGCCUCGCCUGGACAGGGAGUACCGUGCCGAUUUUUACCAUUCAGCCUUUCGCAAAUUUUGUCAGGACCAGAGCGACGUGAUGCAAAAAAUCAAAGGAGAUCUGCAUCAACAGAAGAUCCCUACGGAGUUCUCCAAGCUCUCAGACAAUCUUCGUGACAUGAUGCUGGACGAGGAGUGGAAGAAUAGGAUGGUCACGCCGUUAGGGGCUGCGUUGCAGAAGGAGAAGAACUCUGCUAUCAAGCUGGACGAACGUGGAUUAUCUGGACGCGCGCGCGUCCACUGUGAAUGCUUGCUCAUCGCGCAUUUUGUGAAGAACACGGCAUCUCUUCGACCAUACGACUAUAUCGGAUUAUCAAAGCUCUUGUGUUAUGGAUGCCACAGCUACUUCCGCGCAUACAACAUGACCCACCCAGGCAGGAGAUUUCACGCCAGGGGCACGCAUGGCAAGGUCUAUAUUCCAUGGGUGCCACCCACUCUCGAAGACGGAAGUGAGAACGACGUGCGGAUCGAGUAUGAUACGAAAUCCAGACGGGUGGAAUACAGAAGACGAGAUGAUUGGUGA